AUGGCCAACAGAAUAUCGGUGUAUACAACGGGUUCAGGUGAUUCAGAAGGUCGCGAUGGCGAGCAAAAGAAGGAUCUUUGGACGUCUAUGCUAGAAUCCGUCGCAAGUGGCAAGCGACUACCAGAGAAGAACCUUAUCGUUCUAGGCGGUACCCCCGAACAUCAAAGAGACUUUCUUGAAUCUCUGUCCAACUCCGAGUCAAAGCGCAAUACGGAUCGGCUUAAGAUACCACCAAUUGCCAACAACUUUGCGCUGGGCUAUACAUACUACGAUGUCCUUGAUGCCGACCAGGAUGAUACCCUGGCACGAGUCUCGCUCUACUUUCUUUCUCAACCAUCUACCGAAUUCGCUUCUUUAGUUGCGCCCCUCCUUACCCCAGAGACGAUCCCCAAUACCUCUCUCAUUAUCCUACUGGACUGGUCACAGCCUCACUUGUGGUUGCGACAAAUAUGGACAUGGGUUCAAAUGAUACAAGAGGUUCUCAAGAGAGUCGACAGUGAUCAGCGCGACCUUAUGCAAGAGGUUAUGGCGACCUGGAAGGAGAGGGGUCGGGGAGGCGCGGCGACAAAUCUCGAUGGCACACCAUCAGCUACAGCCACUGGUGGCGAUGGAGACAGUUCACUGCCUUUGGGACCAGGAGAAUGGGAGGAACCUUUGGGUCUACCACUCUGUGUAGUGUGCCAGAACGCACAAAAAAUGGAGUUUCUCGAAAAGAACCAGGCUUGGAAAGAACCUGAUUUUGAUACGGUUUUGCAAUACUUGCGAACAGUGUUAUUGAGACAUGGUGCUUCUCUGAUUUACACUUCACAAAACGCACCCUCUCAGCUACCCUCUCUUAUUCAUUCCACUCUUGGGAUUACAUCUCUUCUCAAGCGCCACCCACUCAAGCACAAUGUUAUCGAUCGCGACAAGAUUGUCGUUCCUACCAACUGGGACUCAUGGGGCAAGAUUCGUGUUCUUGGCGGAUCAUUUGACGCUGAGCAGAUUUCUAAUUCAUGGUCCGACGACAUCAACACCCCCCGCAAGGAUAUGCACUUUAACGACGAUGACCAAGCAUGCGAGGUGGAUGAUGCAGAGUUGGAGAGGCGACAACAAAAGAGUGCGAUCGCACGCUAUGAGGGUUGGUGCCGUGACCCCAACAGCGGCGGUCUGGCAGUUGUUGAAAAUGCCAUGCAUGGCGAGAAGUGGAUCAACGUGAAUAGCGACGAGACUCAAGACUUCCUUGCGAAGCAACUCAAGAUUCUCGAGGCUUUUAAGGCCAAGCACCCAGAGAAGGCUCCCGACAACGCGAUCGCUCGCAGCGCCCGUCAUAUUGAGUAUGGCGAUGAGAAGAGCAUCAGUGAACAUAUUGGGCCCGUGCAGUUCAACAUGGGCGGUAUCCAGGUCGACGCUGAUGAUAUGCUACAGCGUCUUAAGGAUCGCAAUGCAUUUUCCUCCUCGCCUAGUAACGAAGAGGAGGAAGCAGAAACGCAAACGCCUGCUGCAAAUAUGGCCAAGGACUUUGACAAUGAGCAACUGCAGAGCUUCUUUACUGGUUUGAUGAACCGCAAAGGCACAGCAGAUACAUCCCGUUCUUAA